AUGGCUCGUCAUGGCAGGCCCGACGAGGAGAUGUUCCUCAACAAGCCCGCCGAGGACUGCGACAGCCCUACCAUUGAGCCUCUGAGGAUCUUCAAACCACAAAGCCCAAGUCCUGCCACCCAGCAGUAUCACCAGAAGCAGCAGCAGCAGCAGCGCUUCAAUUACCCCAUACCCUCGAUCAUGAAACCAACUUUCCCGUUGCCCCCCGGCGCCUCCAGCUCCGCUGCCCCUCUACCAUACCCAGAGGACGAGGACCUCCGCCCAAGCAAACCGACCAUUUCGACUCGGCCCCCUUAUGCAGAUGCUGGUCGCCGGCCGUCGGGCAACAAUACAUAUAAUAGUCCAACCAGCUCUGUGGGGUCUGGUAGUCUGAAUGAUACCACACCGAGGUUGGAUAAAAGUCCCAUCGAGAAGAAGGGGCCAGGCUUGGCUGAACGACGCGGCACCGCCCCGAGGCCUCUCCCAGGAGCGCUGAGCCCUACGAGUCUCUCAGGUGAUGAUGACGACGAGCUGUUCGCUCGGCCGCUUGGGGUUCAGCACAAACCGGCGACGGCUUCAUCAGGCGUGACCAACUUCCCCGACUACCACAACAAGCCAUACUACCCCCCUCCGAGGGUUAACACGGCCAGUCCAGGCUCCAACGCGAGUCAGUAUAGCAGACCGCAACCACCACGUGUCAAUACUGCAAGUCCCGGCUCAAGCGCAAACCAAUAUGCUAGACCGCAACCACCACGUGUCAAUACUGCAAGUCCCGGCUCAAGCGCAAACCAAUAUGCUAGACCACAGCCGGCGGACAAUGAUCUUUUGAAGAUGCCGAGCGGUGUUAAUCGGUUCGCUUCAACGGCUUCGACGUCGACUACCAAGGCCAGCCGGGGAUCACCUCCUCCUCCGGAAACGCCUAUCGUUGAGCCGGGCCAGAUCCCAGGUGGGGAUAUUGAAGCAAGAUAUGCCGCCGCAGGUAUCUCGGGCACUGCUACUCUGAACAGCCUUCAAAGUUCUGCUGCCGCACAAAGAUUGGCGCAGUACAGCCAACAACGUCCAGCAGCACAAUCUCAACAGUCCUCAGGACCUGCGCGCCCCUGGACACCUACCGAAUCUCCUGAACAGCAAAUGCAUGGUCCGCCUACUGUAUACCAAGGUGCCGAAGCCGUUGCCAGUUCUCCACAACCGAGUGCUAACAAUAACUCCAACACCAACAACCAAAAUCGACCUUCGACUUCCUCCAGCGGCGGGGGUUUACAAGAAAGUGUGCUGGAACAAGACUUUCGGCGGAUGCAGAUGUCCGACCCGCCGCCCGCGUACUCCAGUAUCGGAUCCGGCGGUAAUUCCGCAUAUCCUGCCGAAAAACAGCGACCUGGAGCUGCCCAGACUAGUUCCGCGAGUUCAACUCCGGCUCAAGCAUCACAAUCGGUGUCCUUACCACCCAAGAAGCAAGCAGAUCCAGUUGCGGCGGGAUUGGCGUCUCCAGCUCUGCAACACCCUGGACAUCCAGCCUUUGCUAAUGACCCGAGACCUGAAAGUGUUGCUACUGCAUCUUCUUCGAAACCCACACAGACACCCUCACCCUUCCAAGGACAAGGUCAAGGACAAGGACCUAGCUCGCCACCCCCCUUACCUGAGGGGUGGAUUGCUCAUCUUGACCAAAACUCGGGACAAUAUUACUACAUCCACUUAGCCACACAAGCUACUCAGUGGGAGUUUCCGAAAGGGCCUAACCCAAUCCAUCAUGAAGCUGCGCCGUUGUCUCCCACGGCUUCCACGUAUGGCAACCCUCUAGCAUCACCGAUGUUUGGCGGCAAGCAAUCCUCGAUGGCUUCGCCUAUGUUCCCUCCGCAGACGCCUGGAUACGCGGAGAGUAUCAUGAGUGUAGCAGCUUCGGCUGCCCCUACUGCUGGCUUCACAGGGCCUCCGCCAAGUGCUGGCGUUGAUAUGUACAAAGUCCAACCUACGAACGGCGUUUACUUUGGCCCAUACCUAAGAUAUGUGAACAUGGACAUUGAGAGAGGCAUGUGGUUAGGAAGCAUAAUGAUAGUCACAGAUUCGCCUCAACCGCCGACGAUACAUAUUCAUAAAAGUGUCGAUCUGUCUCCUAAUCCCAGGCAGCUGGUUCCUCACUCCAUCUACACACAUCAAAGAUGGCAAUUUUACAAGUACGAUCUAGAUCUUGAGAUGGGCGAUGCAGGUACAGACAGGUGGACUUAUGCUGUAACUUCUCACAUGGGAUGCACAAGAUAUGAAUUUGUGGUUGCUGGGCGGCAUGAGACCAAUUGGCGAUUCAUUGCACAUUCUGGCAACGACUUUGCAGCCAGCACGUCGCAGAAUGAGAGGAGCAAGUUAGGUGGCGUUGGUUUCAUGUGGAAGGAUGUGCUGCAGAAGAACGUGGACUGUGGUGGGUACCAUACCCAACUUGGUCUCGGCAACCAAGUGUAUGGCGACAGAUUGUGGAAAGAAGUCCCACUUUUGAAGCAAUGGCUAGCUAUGCAGGGCAAAGAGGCCCGAAGGACUGCCUCUUGGACCGCGAGACACGAGGAAGACGUUACGCAUGCAUACUUCCAUUUCUACACGAGCCACUUCGACCAACCGUUUCUGAGGGAGGCAUGGGCACAAAUCCCCCAUGUUUGUCAGAUUGAUGAUCACGAUAUCUUCGAUGGUUAUGGCUCUUAUCCUGAAUAUAUGCAGACUUCAAACAUGUUCAAAAAUAUCGGACGGGUAGCCACAGAUAUAUACCUUCUCUUCCAACACCACACCACACUGGAGGUGUUGAGAAACGUCAACCAUGACCUAGACCUCUUUACCAUUACAGGCCAGGGUUGGCACUUUGUCAAAUACCUUGGUCCCGCCGUGGUUGUGGUGGGGGCCGAUUUGCGGUCGGAACGGACGCAGACUCGUGUGCUGGCUGGCGCAACAUAUCAGGGCCUGUUCCCAAAAGUUGCAUUACUCCCACCAAGCGUACAACACUGCAUUUGGAUGAUGUCUGUGCCGAUCAUAUAUCCUAGGCUUGAUACUGUCGAAAGUCUAGCAAAUACACUUGCUACCGGCAAGAGGGCGGUAAACACAACUUACAAUGUGCUUGGCAAAGUGACUAGCUCCGUGGCUGGCAUCGUUGGGGGGAAAGAGGUCGUGGCUCAAGGAUUCAACCAAGUUAAGAAGGCUGUCGGAAAAUCUGGCCUGAUGGGGAACGUAGUCAAUCAGUUCGGUGAUCUUGACAUAAGCGAGAUUCUGAAGGAUAUGUGGACCCAUGAAUCAAAGGACCUCGAGCGCACAUAUCUUAUUCGUACACUUCAAGGCAUCGCCCACCAGAAGGGUGUCCGGAUGACUUUCCUAUCUGGAGAUGUCAACUGCGGCGGCGCUGGUCUCGUCCACGAUCCUGCUCACCCCAGCGACCACAAGACUAUGUACCAACUCAUAACUUCACCUAUUGUGGCAGCACCGGCAUCUGGCUACAUCCUCAAAAUGCUACACAGCAAUAGAUCUUACUACGUGCCCGCCAACGGCCAAAAAUCCAAUCAUGAGGUUUCCGACACCAAGGAGGACAUGAUGGAGAUUUUCCACACAGAUGCCUCGGGCUCGCCACGUGAACUAAAGAAGCUCAUGGGAAGAAGAAAUUACGUGUCGUUCAUGGCAUAUGAUCCAGAAGCCAUCCCGGGCACGCAAUAUAGUGCUUCCGUGGCAAAUGGCCACAGUCAGGGUCUCAGCAAGCUGAGCUUGGCGGUCGACUAUGUCGUUCAGGGCGACGGAGCAUUCACCACACCGACCAAGUAUGGGCCGGUCAUUGUGCCGCACCUGGAAUUUGGAAGAUAA